GGAUUCAAGGUUGUUUAUGACCUCUCUACUAAUUUUUUUUAUACCAGUGCCAUUCAUUUACAUCUUAUAUUUAAUAGUGAAACACUGAAACUAAUGUACCAAAUGUAUUAUAAAUUUAUAAGUUAUAUAUUUUAUUACGAUUAUAAUAAUGGAGUGCAUAAAUGAUUAAUUUACAAUUGUUUCUAAAUUGCCUAUACAAAGCGCCGUGCCAUGCAAAUUAUUUACGUUACUGUAAAAUGUCGAUUAUCGAUUAACAUAAUAUAACCAUUGGUUAUAAUAUAUUUAUUAUGUUUAAUCAGUGUUAUCUUCUAAUAGUUUGAUUGGAUUUACCAAUUUCUUAAAACGAUGGUGACAUUUUAUUUAUUUCAUCUAAUCAACGCCACCCAUUAUCAAGGCAAUGCAAUUCGCACAUAUAUAACGCCUACAAUAUUCAUUGCGAUAAAUCGUUUUGAAUUGUCAAAUGAACUGUAUAAAAAUAAGAGUUCAGUUGGCAUUGUUAAUUUUUAUGGUUUUUAAGUUGGACCUUACGAAAUUUUGAGCCGGGUCAUUUUUGUAUAUUAUAAAUAUUUUAACUUACAGCCAAAUUCAGCCAAAUUCACAAAUUUCACUCAGUGAGAAAGGAUCCAUAGAUGUUUUUUUUAUCUACUAAAUCAUAAAUUUUUUUAAAUUGUGUCAAAUACCUAACCAUUUUAUCAAAAGAAUGGACGAAGAAAAUUUCUUAGAAAACAGGAUAUUUUGGUAUAUCAAAAGGGUAAAUAAAACCUUGUUUUAAACGGAUAUUAAUGGCUGAUAAAUGUUUUUUAGGUGGUUACAAAUGAUUACAAAUGAUAUUACAUAAUUUCCACUAGGUCUGAGUUACCGGAAAGUCGAACUUCUGUAGUGGUGGGGCUGUAGUAACGUUUCCCAGGCCCCACCACACAGAUACUUGGUUUUGAGCGGUUUUGGUUAGGUUACAAAUGUUUUUUUGGUGGUUACAAAUGAUUACAAAUGAUAUUACAUAAUUUGACAUAAAUUAUUAUAUAUUUAGAGAAAGUGGUGGGGCCAAGGUAACGCACCUAAAAAUGAGGUAUUGUUUUUUUUAUCAUAAUAUUAUUAUUAUAUACAUUAACUCUGUAGAUUGGAAACUAAUUAUAAUCAAAAACUCGAGAGCUAUCAUUUCAAUAUGGAUUUUGGGUGAAUAUAAAAAUAUUGUUAUCUGAUUAUAGGUUAAUGAAUUAAUACAUUUUUGAAAUCGUUUUUAAAUUCUUAUUGACUAAAUAAAUUCUAUUGACUGAUACGCGUAUUAUAGUGCAACACACUGUAUAACACUAACACGUAUGUUUGGUAAUACGUUCGAAACGAGGUCAUCUGACAAACGUGAAAUAAACAAAAAAAUAAAUAAAUAAACAAAGAAUAACAUUAAACUCUUACAACCUACUAAAACCUACUAACUAAAAUUACAAUCAAUAUUAAAAAAACGAAUACUAACGAAACACUAUACAGAAUGUUACCGAGCGUUACUGCCACCCAACAUUUUUGCCGCGCGGCAACCGGACACGCGCGCAGCCACUUGAACAACUUCCGGAGACCAAGGAGAAAUUAUUCGAUAAAUUACUCGCAGAUGUUCCGGAUGCGACUGAACGCCGAGCAGGUUGGCCGGAAGUUCGAAGUUUCCGACGAUGAGCUGACGGUCGUGGCGCGCCGCAUGUCGGACGCCAUGGACGCAGGUUUGUGGCGCAACGAACAGCCUGGCGCGCUGGCAACAAUAAGGUGCUGGGACACACGCGUACCGCGUCCGUCACCGCCCGCUGCCACCGAUGCGGUCGUCCGCAAGUUUUUGAGCCUGGAUCUGUGCCACGGCGACAGGUUCCGCACGCGGUUUACGACCCUGCUGGGUGCGCACGACGUGUGGAUCAGAUCGCGCGAGCACCCACUAACGCCCAGGACCCUGAUGACCGGCAAGGUGGCCAAUCUGUUCGACCACGUGGCUGGAGGACUUGCCGAGUUUGCCGACGAGUUUCACGUGAGGCGGGCCGGGGUGCCGCUGGCGUUGACGUUCGGAUUCCCAGUCUGGCACGCCGGGGCUCUGGGGGGCGUGGCCAGCCUGUGCCGGUGGACUAAGGGGUUCGACUGUGCGGACGCAAUGAGGCAGGACGUGGCCGCCGAGUGGCGGGCGGCCGCGGCCCGGGCUGACGUGGUCGUGGGUCCGGUGGCCGUGCUUAACGACGCGUGUGUGGCUAUGAUGCACAGCGCGGCGGAUAGGCCGGAUACACGUGCCGCGCUCGUCGUGGACGACGGCUGCAACUGCUGUUACGUGUCAGAAUUCGGCCGCACAGUCAUCAACACCGAAUGGGGUGCUUUUGGCGAGGAUGGCGCGCUUGACCACCUGUUGACGGAGUACGACCGUCGGCUCGACGCCCGAUCCCAAAAUCCCAGCAAGCAAAUUUACGAGAAAAUGACUUCAGGCAUGUAUAUGGCCGAGUUGGUGCGCAUGGCGGUUUUGGAGAUAGCCUCCAACCAGGCGAUGUUUGAAGGUAGGACUACGACCUCCAUGGACACAGAAUACGCCCUCAAAGCCAAACACUUGUGGCUGGUCGAGUCAGACACCAGUCCGUCGUAUGAUGGCGUCCGGGCUGUCCUGACCGGCGUGCUGAACGUGACUGACCCGUCGGACAUGGACUGCGAGCUGUUCCGGUACGUGUGCCGGUGCGUCACCAGACGGUCCGCGAACCUGAUCGCCGCGGGGCUGUCAGCGGUGCUGAGGCGGACCGGACUGCCUGUCACGGUGGUCAUGGCGGGGCACGCGUUCAAGACGCACUCCGAGUACGCGCUCGCGGUCGGCGGCAAGGCGCGGCAGAUGACACAAAAACAGACAAAGUUUACGUUGCGGACGGUCGAUCACACUCAAGGUCAGGAUGCACGGAUAGUGGCCAGGGUGUUGGCCACGAUUCCCGCGAAUCCAGCAUAAAUACCAAUGUAAUAAUGUGCUUUUAUUUUACUGAAUAAGUUUCAAUAAACAGAUUUUAACACUAUUCCUCUAAUCAAUUACAUUUUAAAAAUAUGUCAUCCCUCAUAUUCACUGCUUUAAUCGUAUAAUUCAUAAAAUAUUAGUUAUAAAUUUAAUUAGUUACAAUUGUUGUCCAAACUGAUUGCUUAUAAUCUUAACUCUUAAGUGAUCUUUAGUGACAUUAAAUAUUUUUUAUACUACCCUUCGUUAGGAUAAAAUUAUCAUUAUUUUUAA